UUCACGAGCAGUGACGUCUCUGUCUUCACACCGGGCGGGAUAUCCGCAGUAGUAGGCAAGCUAAUAACAUGGCGAAGACUUACGACUACUUGUUUAAACUACUUUUAAUCGGCGACUCGGGCGUCGGGAAGACCUGCGUGCUGUUCAGAUUCUCAGAGGAUGCCUUCAACUCGACCUUUAUCUCUACGAUAGGUAUUGACUUCAAAAUCAGGACAAUAGAAUUAGAUGGAAAGAAGAUCAAGCUACAGAUAUGGGACACAGCAGGACAAGAGAGGUUCAGGACAAUCACAACAGCCUACUACAGAGGAGCCAUGGGCAUCAUGCUAGUUUACGACAUUACCAACGAGAAGUCCUUUGACAAUAUCAAGAACUGGAUACGGAAUAUAGAAGAGCAUGCCUCAGCAGAUGUGGAGAGGAUGGUCCUCGGCAACAAAUGUGAUGUCAAUGACAAACGACAGGUGUCUAAAGACAGAGGAGAAAAGUUGGCCUUGGAGUACGGCAUCAAAUUCAUGGAGACCAGUGCAAAGGCAAACAUCAAUGUGGAGAACGCCUUCUUGACCCUCGCAAGAGACAUAAAAACAAAGAUGGACAAGAAGCUGGAGGGUAACAACCCGCAAGGCAGCAAUCAAGGAGUGAAGAUUACAGAACAACCCAAAAAGAGCAGUUUCUUCCGCUGUGUGCUUCUGUGAGCGGAUGGGAGAUUUGGUAUCCACCAUUGCCUUAACUGUGUCCCCCACUGGGCAGAACUGGACCGAGUAACUCUGAUCUGUUUUAUCCCUCUUCAUUUGUCUUCCACCCACCUUUAGUCCUUCUUGUGGUUUUGGCCUGUUAAUCUAAAAAGAACAAGGUUUAUCAUUCUUCACUAGAUGCCUGUGGAUCUCUCUUCUGUGGCCUUUGUUAUGUACUGAAUCUGACGUAGAUUGACUUCAAUUUCCAACUAAUCCUUGAUUUUCAAUGGCUUCAUCCUUGUGAGGCAUCAAAAUCCCCACCCUGACCCCCACCCUCCCACUCUCACCCACUCACUCUUUUGACAUUUGCCUUCAGAUUAUUACCUUAUCAAUUACAUUGUUAGGGUCACAUGCUGAAGUCUUAUUUAUUGCAUUUUUACAAGCAAAAGUAACCCAAGUCAUGCUUCCUGAAUAAGAAUAAUUUCAUUGUUACUGUCAAAUGAUUUCUGCAAAAUCAUGAGAUUACAAUCUCUCUCUUUUUUUUUUUUGUUAUAAUACCACGUUUAUACUGACAUAAUGUAAAUGCAGCAUGUAAAUAGAUGUCACUGAUUUUGUUUUACCAUAUGAAGUAAUGCCAGCCCGCUUUAUUCAUCACAUCAGCAGUGAGUUUACUCAUCCUCCUUUUCUUCUCGUCUUCUCUUGAUUUCUUCUACUGAACUAUUCCAGUCUUAUUGUGAACUCUUAAUGUGCAAUGUAUGCAGAGCCCCAAUCGAUCUAAUGCAAGUAUUCACGUGGUUGCAGUAAGACUGCGUUCAUGUCAAAUCCUGCUUCUUCGAAAAGCACACAAUUCACUUUUGUUGUUUGCAUUCCAUGUGAUUUUAACUAUUCUAAUCGGCAGUGGUUUUUUUUGAGUAUUUAUGCAGCUCUACAGGUAAACUAGCAAUAUAUAAACCAACCACCUGGAGGCAACUCAGUUACACAGGCAUGGCACAGAAGGAAUCGCAACAAUGUUAAAAUCCUUGUUUUUUUUGCAUUUUUCCACUUGUCUGUUCCAAUGGGGGAACAUGCACACAACUGUUUUCGGGGCCUUGGAUAGGGGCUGUGCUGUAGCAGUAUUUAUGGAGUGAAACAAACAUAGCACCAAAAUGACAAAGUGCCCUUUUUUUUCUUAUUCCUUAUGCACUUUUUUUUCAAGCUUUUAUUCUUUCUGUUAAAACAAAGACGUUGUAAUGUUUCUUGACAUUGUUUGUUGCGAGUCUUGAAAAACAAUAUUCAUGCACAAGAUUUUUGUCACAUAUCUUCUCUGGGCUUCCUAGAAACAUCCAAGCACUGAAACCUGUUUUUAGUUAGCACAUCAAAGGUUUGGAGAAAAUUUUGUGCUGCAGGGAUUUAUUUUCCAUGAUAUCUUUGUCACAACAUUCCCACUGAAGGAUUGAAAUUAUGUGUAUUGUGUUUAUACAUUUGCUUCUUCAUUGAUGCUUUUGGGAACCUCAGCACCCUUUAAUUUUGCCUCUCUAAAGAUAUUAAGUGUUGAUUUGUUGCAGUGUCACAGUCGUCUGAACUAUGCAUUUUUAGAACAUUUAAAAAAA